AUGAUGGAUAAUUUGAAUCAAGAUCCAAAUUCAGGUGUUUCACAACAUAACGAUCAACACCAGCUCCAGUUUUCUCACAACCCUUCCUUGUCUAACACUCACCAACAUAAUAGUGCAGACCCUCAACAACAACAACAACAACAAUUGCACCAAUUGGCUCAAUUGCCAACUCAAACAAAUGAAUUACAUCCACAACACCAAUUACCGCAAAUGCAACAACAGCAGCAACAGAUUCAAAAUCAAUUCCAACAACAAUUGUUUCAACCAAAUCAUCAAGAACAUCAAUUACCUUCACAACAGAUCCCACUACUAAAUUCUCAAGCUCAAACUCAAGCUCAACCCCAACCCCAACCUAUGUUACGAGUACCAUCACAAAACCCACCUGCCAUUAUGCAGUCUUCCCCAGAUCCCCUAGUAGUCACCAAUGGAGCAACCGCAUUAUCUGAGUCAUUAUCGAUGAAUAGAAAACACAAUGAUAAUUUAUCCGAUACGGGGAAAACCUGUCGAUUUUGUAAGAAACAAUUUAGUCAACGAGGAUCUUUAAUUCGACAUCUUGAUUUGAAAAAAGGUGAUUUAUUACAUCCAAGUAAUGAAGUGACAAUUAUUAGAAACCAAAAUCGACGAAGGAAUAGUAGUGUUGAUGUCAAUUUUAGUUCUAUUGAAAAAUCUGAAUCUCAAUCCGGUGGUAAUACCCCUUUAAUGACUAGUGAAUCAUUCAAUGGUACAAAUACCAAUUCUAAACUGGGUAAAAAGAGAAGAGUACUUAAAAAAUCAUUGGCGAUAUCACAAAUAUCAUGUGAUUCAGCAAGUGGACAACGAGAGAAAAGUAAAUUAAGAAGAAAAUUACGUGAUCGAAGAAUUAAGGCAAAGUUAUUGACAAAUGAUUGGUUCCAAGAUUUAUUUGCUCAAAAGCCAUUACCAAAAUUUGAUAACUUGGAUGGUAAUGGCAACAAUAAUAGUCUGAUAGCAGCUGAAAUAUUUUGCCAAUUGGUUGCUUUAUACCUACCCAUCAAUGAUUGGCCCGUGAAAAUACCAGAUGAAACUUGUCUUACCCCAACAAUUGAAAGAAUGAGGGUUAGAGAAACCCAUAAUUUGAUCAAUUUGUUAAACAAGAGUUUUUUGGUGUAUCAAAAAUUGACAACCGUGCAAAAGAAACAACUAUGGAUUAAUGAAUCGCAGAGAAUAUUACAGGCAAGCAUCGGAAGCUUUUCACUUUGUGAUUUACAUAAUAUUAAAGGGGUUAUUGCCAAAAGAGAGCAAGCCAAUUUUGAAGAAAUUUGUCGUAAUGAUAAAUUAUCUGCAUUUGUUGAAGUGGAAAAUAGUCCGAAUCAUCAUGGAGGGGUUCUGGGAGUAGAUGAUGAACGAGAAGCAGAUAUAGAGGAAGAAGUAGAUGAGGAUGACGACGAUGAAGUAAAUAGCACUCAAGUCGAGAAAGUGAAACUGAUAACACCACAAAAACGGAAAACGCAAUCGAUUCUGGGUCAAGUACAAUUAAACACUCAACAGAAUCCUGCUAAUCUUCACAAUUCGUCGCGCAUUCAUGGUGAACCAUACAUUCAAAAGAUUCCAGAAGUUCAACAUAAUAAUUUUGAAGAUUUUGGAACAUAUUUUGAUAAAUUCUAUUAG